UAGCUGUGCCUGUUUGAUUUUCUCCAGUUCGAUCAACUUGGCUUUCUUCAAAAUGGCGUCGAGCAUGGAAGAGUGGUAAUGCGGUAAUGUGCAGAAGUCUUAUGUCAACAUGUCGCUGUUGAGACUGUGUGCCUUUUCCAAGUCUUUGACUGGCCGCAUCUCUCUAGAAAGAUUCGCCGGCCAUUUGCUACAGUGUAACGCUUGUCUCAGAGCGCGAAAUGACAUUCAGAGACGAAUAGCAGAGAAACCCUGGACAGUUUUCCAGAGAAAUUACUGUCCUCUAAUCCCAAAGAAGGAUGAUGACAAGACAAGAGUUUGGAAGCAAUAUCAGCUCCUGGAUGGUAAAUAUGAAAUGCUGGAAGCACGGAUUCAGCAGCUUCAAUCUGAUGCUGUCAUGGACGUGAACCAGUCAGAGGUGCAACUUCUCAAAGUCCCCUCCGGUGGGAAGAGGGCUUCCGCUGGGACAGGACAGAAACGGGUGCCUAAAGAGGGGGCGGAUGCUUGCAAGGAGGGUCAGGCCAAGAGAAAGACGGGAGCUGCCAAUAUGCCAGUCGUUAAGACGUACCCAAGCCGCUGGAUCGAGAAAUUAAAGAGAGAAAAGAAGAAGAAUAAGACGACUCAACAGCAGCAACAAGAAGCCCCGGUUAAGCAAGUGAAGACCAUAACAAAUGUAGAGAAACAAAAGCUUCCUGGCACCACAUUUAAAACAAUUUCCAAAUUAAAAAAAUGCCCAGCGGCCACAAAAUCUGAGCCUCCUGGGUCUGCGGUCUCUCAGGCAAAAGCCACGCCGCAGAAGUUAGCCAAAUGUGCUCCUUCCGAGGAGGCUGUAAGAGAGAACAAGGCUGAUGAGUUCAUCUCCGAGCGGCCGAUUGAGGAAGGCCAGAAUAAUCGCUAUGGAGACGCCCAGCUCAACGUGUGCUGCUACCUAGAGGCCUGUGUAGUGUCUGGAGAUGUGGACCGAGCCCAGCGCUGCCUGUUCCACUACCACCGCCACAUCCCACGCCGUAAGCUGCUCUCCAUCAGUGCCUAUAACACCAUGAUGAGGGUGUGGGCCAAGAAGGGCUCCAUGAGCCAGAUCGGUCGGCUCUUCAUCAUGGUGGAAGAAGCCGGGCUGAAGCCCAACCUCACCACCUACAGCGCCGCCCUGGAGUGCAUGGGCCGUAAUGCAAGUUGCUCCCCACGAGUCAUUGGCAGAUGUCUGCAGCAGCUGAAGCAGGAUGGCCUCUCCUUGGACGACCUGUUCCGGCAGUGUGCCUUCCGGCAGGAUGAGAGGGAGAUGGUGCUGAAGGCGGUCCAGGUGGUCGAACCGGAUUUCCGGCCCAGUACAGACACCACCCAGCACAUGUGUUCGUCACCUCUGGUCCAGGACUUUUACAGCAAGAGGGAAGAGGCCAGAUUUCCGAAGCUCAGCUUCAGCCUAUCUGAACUGCAGGAGAGAUUCGAGCGGCAGCUGAGAAUGGAGCAGGCUGCCUCGGUCACCAUUGACUCUGUGGAGGCUGCCAAACCCAUUACGGAGAGCCAGGCCAGGAUGCGGGAGUUACUGGAAGUGCUGCGUUCCCAUUGGUGCAAAGCCCUCCUCCAGGCUCUCAAAGAAGCCAAAGUGAUCCUGGGCCACAGCAGCCAGAAGAGUGGGAAGAUGAACCUCUACCCGUACUUAUGUCUGCUGGACAACGACGAGUACGUGGACAUCAUGUUGCAGGGUCUAUGCGAAUUGGCACCCAACGGAGAAACCCUGGUGAUGUUCGCCAGCUCCUUGGGCCACAAGGUGUACAACAAGUACAUCAUCCAGCAGAAGAACAACAGCCAGAUGGUGGACAAGCUGAGAAACAUCUAUAAUGACUAUGCUGAGCUGCUGUCCAAGGACACUGAGACAUGUGAUGUGUUGCCACGGGAACGCUGGGCGGAGCUGGCGGCGGAGCUGGCAAACACGGGUUCGACGCUGGCAAGUGACGACACCCAGUGGCCCCAGAGCCUGAUGGUGCAUCUGGGGACUCACCUGGUGGACCUCAUGGUGCAGGAGCUCAAGGUGCACAGUGAUGUUCUGAACUCGGGGCAGACGCAGAAGCUGAUCCCUGUGCUCUACCACAUGUACACCUUCCGCAGCAAUAGGCAGGUUGGAUUCAUCAAACCGCAUCCGGUUCUGAUACAGAUCCUGUCAGAGUCCAUGGAGACCAAGUUGAACUUUGAGUCUUACGUGAUGCCCAUGCUGUGCCCCCCUUUGCCCUGGACGUCUCCAAAAUUCGGGACCUACCUUCUUUCGCCCACCAAGCUGAUGCGUGCUGAUGACGGCGCCAUCCAGCACCAGCUGCUCCUGGAGAAGUGCCGCAACCCCGACCUCCACGCCGUCCUCGACUCCCUCAACCAGCUGGGCAACUGCGCCUGGAAGAUCAACAAGCCCCUGCUUGACGUCAUCGUCGGCAUCUUCAACGACAAAGGCAACGAGAAGAUGAAGAUCCCGCCGCCCAUGUCCGAGGCCCCGGAGGUCCCCCGGUUCAACUCCCAGGACCCGUCUUACUCCUCGGCGGAGCAGGCCCACCUGAAGCGUGAGAUGAUCAAAUCCAAGAAGAAGGUGGCCGAAAUGCACAGCCUCCGGAUGUCGGCCCUUUACACGCUGUCCAUCGCCAACCACGUGCGAGAUGAGAUCUUCUGGUUCCCCCACAACAUGGAUUUCCGUGGACGCACUUACCCCUGCCCGCCCUACUUCAACCACCUUGGGAGUGAUGUGACUCGAGCCAUUCUGGUGUUUGCGGAGGGCAGGCCGCUAGGUGGCCACGGACUUGACUGGCUGAAGAUCCACCUGGUCAACCUCACCGGCCUGAAGAAGCGCGGUUCUUUGGCAGUCAGACUGGAGUAUGCCAAUAGCAUCAUGGACGACAUCCUGGACUCAGCAGACCGGCCCCUGACUGGCCGAAAAUGGUGGAUGAACGUUGACGAGCCUUGGCAAGCCCUGGCCUGCUGCAUGGAGAUCACCAACGCCGCGCGGUCACCUGACCACACGCGCUUCGUCUCGCACUUCCCCGUGCACCAGGACGGCUCGUGUAAUGGCCUGCAGCAUUACGCGGCCCUGGGCCGCGACGUGAUCGGCGCCACCUCCGUCAACCUGGUACCCUGCGAGGAGCCCCAGGACGUCUACAGCGUGGUGGCACAGCAGGUAGAGGAGUUCCGUGCCCGCGAUGCGGAGAAGGGUGAGAAGAUCGCUCUGGUCCUGCAGGGCUUCAUCAACCGCAAGGUGGUGAAGCAGACGGUGAUGACCGUCGUGUACGGCGUGACACGGUACGGGGGCCGUCUGCAGAUCGAGAAGCGGCUCAGGGAGACCGACGGCUUCCCCAUGGAGUAUGUGUGGGAUGCUUCUCACUACCUGGUGAAUCAGGUGUUCAACAGCUUGAAGGAAAUGUUUACCGGCACCCGGGAGAUACAGGACUGGCUGACUGAGAGCGCCCGGCUCAUCGCCAAGUCCGGCCACACGGUGGAGUGGGUGACGCCCCUGGGGCUGCCCAUCAUCCAGCCAUACCAUCGCAGCAGGAAGCUGCUGCUCAAGAGUAACAUGCAGUCUGUGCAAAUCCAAGUCAACCACGACUUCAACGAGAGACCAGACAUCAUGAAGCAGAAGAACGCCUUUCCCCCCAACUUCAUCCAUUCCCUGGACUCGACCCACAUGAUGCUCACGGCCCUCUACUGCUACCGGGCUGGCCUCACCUUUGUGUCCGUCCAUGACUGCUUCUGGACCCACGCCGUCAACGUGGACACCAUGAACAAGGUUUGCCGGGAGCAGUUCGUGGCCCUGCACAGCCAGCCCAUCCUGCAGCAGCUGUCCCUCUUCCUGGUGCGGCGGUACGGCAGCGGCCCGCCAGUGGAAAAUAAGCGCUUUUUGGAGCACAGGAAAAUGAUGGAGCUGCUUUCUCAAGUUCCCAAUACAGGGGAUUUUGAUCUUCAGAAGGUGAAGGAAUCUACGUAUUUCUUCAGCUGAGCUGAAGAAUCAGCAGAGGCAGGGGGCCUGCAGUAAUGGUGCCAAGUCUUUGGUCUUCGCGACCUCAGCAGAAUGACCACUGCGGGGGGGGGCUGUUCAUCCCUCAGUCCGCCAAGCUGCAAACUGUGCCGUUAAUCCCCCCUUCGUGCUUCGACACGAGCAUGUGUGCGUGCACACGCCUUUCCCUGCAUCUGUAUGUAAUUGUAUGUUCUCUUUGCGUGUUCAAGUGCGUAUGUGCAUGCAUGCAUUGACCAUCCCAUGCGAGUCAGGUCCCCGCAGGCGAUCCUGGGGGGCGUGUAUAUAGUCCUCACUCUCCUGUGCAGGCCGCUCUCUGGGUCACAUGACUGUUUAUCACACGGUGAUGCACAGAAUCCCCACAUUUGCCAAUUCGCUUGGAGGGAUUUCUAGAUUGAACGGUUUACCCACUCAUAAUGAGUGUGUUUGUAAUUUUUUUGAGGGACAGUUCAUUGUCACAUGUUUUUCUUCGCUGAAUUGUAUAGCUGCAUCUUUUGUUAAACACAAAUUACAGCUUCCUGAGAAAUAAAUAUUUUUCAUUUAAUUAA